AUGAGUGAAAAACAGCUUCCAAAUCCAGUAAAUCCGCAUUCAAAAGUACUCAAGUUUAAGAAGACAAAGGGUGAACCAGCAGAUUCAACAACUUUAAUGGGCGUUAUUAACUUAUACAGAAAACAAUUCGGACAAGAUACACUUGAAGUUGAUAAUUUUCUAGCUCAAUAUAUUCCAGCAGCAAUAGAGAACAAACAGUUGAAAAUAGUGAAGCCAAACGAAAUAACAAUUCAGCAUUCAGUGAUUGUUGAUAACUUUAAAGGACAGACUGCACUUGCAUUUAUAAAAUCAUGGAUUAGAGAAUCGGAUAAAUUAAAUGCAUUAUUAUCACCUGGAAAUUGCGGAUAUAUAGAUAUUGUUCAGCCAAAAGAAGGAAUUCAAAAGCUUGUACUUAUUAUUGCAUUAAUAUACAAAUAA